AUGCCAAAGCGAGUGAUGGCAAUUCUCAUUAUCCUCAGUGUUAGUGCUCAGCUGGGACUUCCGGCCACAGUUCAGCUCGAUGACGGGCUCCUGGAGAUACUGGCCUCGAAGGCCCCCUGGCUUCCGGAAACCCUACUCUGUCAAAUGCAGACGGCCUCAGUCGCCUCGCGGAUUAGCUCAACACUUGGGGGCUGCAAAUGGUCCACCGGGUGUCCGACACAUGACUAUUAUGUACUCGUUCGUCAUUUCGAGACAGACCUGCGUGUGCUAGAGAAUCAAUUUGCUGCUUCCUGGUCGUCGGCAGAUCACAUUAUAUACCUCGGCACUCAGCUCAUGCUUUACAUUAUCGCCCUCAGUACGGAUGAAGGCAAACAAGCCAGCUCACAGUCCUCCUGGGUGAUUUGUAGUUAUAGCACGGCGAUUUGCCUGGUUCAAAAGGCUUCUUCAAUGGGAAGCAAAUGGCUGUUUGCGCCCGUUCGCCUUCAUAAGAUCGUUUUGAACGCGGUCUGCUUCCUCUUACUAUUAAAGAGUUUCCGAUACAGGGAGUCUUUUGAUCCGAUUCCACUUAGCAACGCGAUUAACCAGGGGCUUGAAUUGUUACAGGGGUUGUCAGUAACUCCAGGAGACUUUAUGUCCCGUGCAUUCUCAUUACUCGAUCAGCUCAGCCAACUUACCAACAAGUGCGAAUCACGAGACAUGCCAAAUGAAUUCUUGCCAGUGAAGUCCAGGAUGGGGGCGAAUGUUGCUUUCAGCACGGCGGUUCGAGCCAGGGAACUGAUGAAAAAGCAACAGGAUGAUCAAGGGUGCUCUGGUAUGGUUGAUCUGCCAGUUAUGCAAGACAUUGAUCAGCUUUUGGACUUGGACUGGAGUGAAUUAUUUGGAACAGGAAUCGGUGUCUGA